AUGCGAUACCGUUCUAGUCAAUCAAGUGACCUGAAUUCGCGGCCCUUUAAUGAACGUCGCCGUAUAAUCAGCGUCGAAUGGUCAUCUCUACCUCAAGAACAAAAGGAAAUAUAUUAUAAGCAAGCCAUUGUAGAACGAACAAAGUAUGAGGAGGUGUUUGCCGAGUACAAGAAGACAGAGGAAUAUAAAAGGUGGCUAGCUAGGCAGGAAUAUAAAAAGUCACUGCAACGAAAGAAAAAUGGCAAGUCUUCGAAAGAAAUCCACGAUGAUAUCGACAGUUUUGAUGAUGAAUACUCUUCUAAAUUCCGUAGAAUUCCCAUAUUUACCCAUGAGUUUCUUGAAUAUAAUAGAGAGCGGGAGAUGUCACUCCGCCAUAUCAGGAAACAGGUCACUAAAUUAGAUGAGGAAACUGCCUUGCUGCGUGAGCACGUCAACAAUCUUGCUAGCGCUGAAACGUCUUUGGAGCAACAGAUCAAGCAAGCUGAAGCUACUUUGGCCUCCGAGGAAAACGUCCUAGUUAAGCUCAACAAGGAGCUGGUCGCUACGUUUUCGGAUCUUCCAGUACCUAACUCAGACAACUCAGCCCGAUCACCCAACAAAGGCGGCGAAAGGAUCAACCCCAAUAACGUCGAAUCCUACCUGUCCAGACUAGCUGAGUUGAUAAGCUCCGGGCACCACGAACCCCUAAAGGCCAAAGCUCGAGAACGCUUGAAGGCCGCAAUGCAAUGUGGCACGCUCUCCAUGUACUCCAUCUAG